GAGCAUGCGGUAGUUGGUGAUUAUAAAAAAGACGACGUUCUUCGCCGGUUAAUAACAGUUUGCAAACGGCCGUACAGUUAAUUAAGACCAGCAGUUCAAUAGUCUAUCUAAUUUCGCACACAACAAUAAUAAUAUGAUGUUCAACAAAUUUUCUGUAUUCGCCUUGUUGGCCGUCACUCUACUGGCCGUUUCGGUCAUCGGACAUCCGACCACUGAAGCCUCGGCCGAGAACGGCGACAAGAUCGAGGAAACCGGAACGACGGUGAAAAGCGGCAUCCACAGUUGGCUGAAGAAAGUCCAAGCGAAAAUCGUCAAAUCCCACGACAACUGUACUCACGGCGGCGGCGUCAUACAUUGGGUGAAGAACAAACUGGGAUUCGCGAAAACCACCACUACCACCGAGACGCCGACGACGACCGCGGAAACCGAUUAUUCGGGUUACCAUCCGGUAACCUCGGUGGUGGGCGGUGCACCCCAAGGAGAAACGGAAGAAGGCUACGGCGGCGACGACAUCACGAUAUUGGACGACGCCGCGUCGGUGAAUCCCGGCGACGUCAGCGACAACGAAUCGGCCAGUGUGGAUACGACAUCGUCGAUAACCGAAAACUCCAGCUACUCAGAGGAUCCUUCCAUCGACGUCCGCAUGCAGAGUUCUUAAACGGACCAUCUGAUCGGUUACUAUGGUAGUGUGGUUUUGUCUUCGACGAGCUUCGCUCAACAAUAUUCAGAUUUGUAAUUGUUUUUGUACACUUUUACAUUUUUAUACGAACAAAAAGUUCCACUAUAUUCUAUAAGUUAUUUUUUUAUCGACAAUUAUAAUUAUUGACGAGUGUUGCGUACUGUAACCAUGUCGUUUGUGCUAAUCGCCAUUAUGUCUACGGACAUAAUAAUACGUCCGUGUAAUUUUGUGCACAUAAGAUAAUUUAAUAUAUUUCGAUAAGUUUACGUAUACAAACAUUAAAAUAUUAUUACUAAACACUAUAUUAUCAUUGUAAUUAUAAUUAAUAUUACACAUUAUUAUUAUUAUUAUUAUUAUUAUUAUUAUUAUUAUUAUUAUUAUUAUUAUUUAUACUAUUAUUAUUAAAACAAUGUAUGAUGUAAUUUAAUAAAUGGCUGUUGCGACUUA